UUUGAUGCAGCGUUGAAUGAACGAAAGGCGGAAAUCCGAAUUCAAUAUCAUGAUGUGCCUGGUGACAUAUUUGGUGGAGUUCUGAAAAGAAACGAACUUGUCAUUCGCGUCCAACCAGAUGAAGCCGUAUACAUUAAGAUGAUGACUAAGCGACCUGGUAUUGGAUUUGAAAUGGAAGAAACUGAAUUGGACUUAACUUAUAAUAGUCGUUAUAAGAAUGUUAAGUUACCAGACGCCUAUGAACGAUUGAUAUUGGAUGUUUUUUGUGGUUCUCAAAUGCACUUUGUGCGUGCUGAUGAGCUCUCCGAGGCUUGGCGUAUAUUUACCCCUCUUCUCCAUGAAAUUGAAUUGACUCACCCUGAACCAACACCAUACGAAUAUGGUACUCGUGGACCUAAUGAAGCUGAUGAUCUUUCUCUUGCCAAUAACUUCAAAUAUUAUGGAUCUUACAAAUGGGUGAAACCUCACACUUAGUUCAUCCUUCAAAUAUUGUUUUGGAACAAUAUAUUUAUAUAUUUGUUAAWCUAGCAUAAUAAUAUGUACUUGUAUAAUUGCCUAU